GAUUAUUCAAAGUAAUACUGACGUAUUUCGCGGAGAAGCAGAGAUCUACGUUGAUGUUGCGAUGUUCAGCAAAUUGAAAACAAUAUUCUACGUUUCUAGAGGACUUAGUUAUAGAUUUGGAAACUCUGUUCAAAUAAUCGAUGUUCCAUUUUGCGGAGGGCAGCCUAAAGGAGGAGUUGAGUUAGCACCAAAAUUUCUCAAGGAAUUAGGCCUUGUAACACGAGUUGAAAGUUUAGGGUUAACAGUGCAUGAGCAUGGGAAAGUGGAACCUAAUGUUACUGAUCACAUAGAUGCUGUCUACUCAGCAAACCCUGUUGUUAAGAACCCUGUGGUCUGUGGCGGGGUAGCAAAAGCAACCUCUGAGGCUGUGCUAAAUGCCCUAAACAAUAACAGAAUGGCCAUCACAGUAGGAGGUGACCACAGCAUUGCUACUGGUACAGUAUUUGGAAGUUGGAAAUUUGAUAAUAACACAUGUGUCAUAUGGGUGGAUGCCCAUGCUGAUCUAAAUUCCCCUUUAAUCACAACCACCGGCAAUGUCCAUGGCAUGCCAAUAUCUUGGUUACUAAAGGGCAUACCAGAGUUCCCUGUUGUUCCUGGUUAUGAGUGGGUGAAUCCCUGCUUGGACCCAAAUAAGCUGGCGUAUAUUGGACUUCGAGAUGUUGAACCUCAGGAGGCGCAACUCCUAAAUGAAAUAGGAGUGACAGCAUUUACAAUUGAAGACAUUGAUGAGAUUGGUAUUGAAGCAACAAUGGAGAAGGCUCUAGAUGCCAUCAACCCAAAUCGUGAAUUUCCCAUACAUGUGAGCUUUGAUAUUGAUGCUAUGGACCCAGAUCACCUUGCACCUAGUACUGGUACUAAAGUGAGAGGAGGCCUAUCAAAUAGUGAAGGACAUUACAUCUGUCAGCUCCUUUCACAAACAGGUUUACUCCAAGCCAUAGACCUGGUGGAGGUGAAUCCGACUUUAGGAACAGAGAAAGAGGCCAGACAAACAGCAGAGACGGCACUAUCAUUAUUAGAGACAUUACUGGGCAAGAGAAGAGAAAUCCCAAAGGAAAAACUUAUUCCUUACAAUCAAAUGAUCAAAAACUUCUACCAAUGAUCUGACCGAUGUAGCUCAUCCCAAGCAAAUUUUUUACAAUAAUAAUAACCAAGCCAUUUUUUAUAUCUUAAGCCAUAUACCUUGAAUAGUUACCCUAGCACCAAUGCAGCUAAAAGUUUUAAACAUACCUUCCAACAAAUGAAAGAAAGUAAAAAUGCAACAUGUUAACAUUUUGUAAAUAAUAAGAAAUCACUGAAUCACUGAUCACAGAUUGAUCUGUUUCAAUACAUUGUCAGGUCAAGCGUGUUGCAGCUAGACUAGUUCUCCCCAAAACAGACUUUACAAGUAGUUACAGUUCACAUUCUGUGUUGUAGUUUUGUAGAAUGUAAAUAUUUGUUCAGCAUAGACCUAUUUCAAAUAAGGCCGCACUCAGAGAAUCCACAUAUUGUACCAACCGGUGUUUCAUGGGUAUCAAAAAAAUACGCAAAUAAGCAUAAAAACAAAAGGCAGCAGUUGAACAUUCUUAUUUAUCUUCCUGUAGACAGUUAAACAAUCUAUUUCAGAUAUGAGGAUUCACCCAUUUAUACAGGGAUUCUCAAGUACAAACUAAUUUUUAAUGAGUGUACUUUGUAUCAGGGUUAUUGCACUACAACAUAGUCCUCAGUUCAAAGAGAGCUUUAAUAUUGAAAAUAAUAGUAAAAUGCUUAGUAUGUGGAUGAUUAAUUGCUAUAUAUAAUACCAAAUAUAUACACAACCAAAACCCAAAAAUAUCAAUUUACAGAAUAAUUCAUCAUCCAAUUUUUUUUAUCUUUCUUUUGGCUAAUAUUACAAAGCCUUGACAUUCAUCUGAGUUACUGUACUGUAGCUGAUGUCAUACCUUUUUAUUUCCAAAUACAGCUAGCAUUUCACUAAUGUUUAAUAUACUGUUUGUAUAUCUUCACCUUAAUUCCUAUCAGUGAAGAAACCAGGAGUUUUGGACAUUGAUGAUUGAAGUACAUGAUAAACAUGACACUAUGCCAAUCAUUGUUUACUGUAGUAGUGUCCAGAUGAAGGCAUAACUUUGAGUUCCAAAGUAAAGCUUGCCUACCCUUCUAUGGGGUACAAUAAUUUAUUCCUUGUUUACUAUGUUCUUACUAACUCACUGUUUCAGCCUCGCUGGAGACAGCAUUUGUUAUCAUAUCUGUGUAUUUUGCAUCCUGGAAAUAAAAGCCACCCAUGGAUAAGAUAA